AUGUCUGACUUUGUAAAGGCAUGCGGCGAGAUCUCCAGAGAAAUAAUCCGGCUGCAUAAAGAAGAAAAGGAAAUUAAUGCAGCAAAAAUCCGCACGCAGGUAUGCAAGAAACACAAACUCGGAUGCAUUCCACGCCUUGUAGAUAUAAUCUCAUUUAUUCCUCCAGAGUAUAGUGACUUGAUCAGCAAGCUAAAGGUAAAGCCGGUUAGGACUGCAUCUGGCGUUGCUGUUGUUGCUGUGAUGUGUAAGCCACACAGAUGUCCUCACAUCGCAUUGACUGGAAACAUAUGCGUCUACUGUCCCGGAGGCCCAGACUCUGAGUUUGAAUAUUCUUCGCAGUCAUACACUGGAUAUGAGCCAACAAGUAUGAGGGCAAUCCGAAGCAGAUACGAUCCUUUUGAACAGGCCAGAGAACGUCUUAAGCAGCUAAAAGCACUUGGACACAGCAUCGACAAGGUGGAAUACAUAAUAAUGGGAGGUACUUUUAUGUCGCUGUCUGAGUCAUACAGAAGCAACUUCAUCUCAAAACUCCACGAUGCUUUGAGUGGACACAAGUCAUCUACUGUUGAGGAGGCUGUAAAGGUUGGUGCAGAAGCACGUCUGAAAUGUGUUGGAAUCACAAUUGAAACCCGGCCAGAUUUCUGUGCACAAUCACAUCUGAGCAAGAUGUUAGAAUACGGAUGCACAAGAGUAGAAAUCGGAGUGCAAAGUGUAUAUGAAGAUGUUGCAAUAGACACAAAUCGCGGACACACAGUUAAGAGUGUCUGUGAGUCAUUCUCUCUUACUAAAGAUGCUGGAUUCAAGAUCGUUGCACACAUGAUGCCAAAUCUUCCAAAUGUCCCUAUUAGGAGAGAUCUUGCCCAAUUCAGAGAGUACUUUGACAAUCCAAGGUUCCGAAGCGAUGGGUUAAAAAUAUAUCCAACGCUUGUUAUCAAAGGAACAGGACUGUUUGAGCUGUGGAAAAACAACAAAUACAGAAACUACUCUCCAGACGAGCUGAUUGACUUUCUGGCCAAGAUAAUGUCUUUUGUACCACCGUGGACUAGAAUAUACAGAAUCCAAAGAGACAUUCCGAUGACUCUUGUGAGCUCUGGCGUGGAGCAUGGAAACAUUAGGGAGCUUGCACUAGCAAGAAUGAAAGACUACAAAACGAAGUGCAGAGAUGUGCGCACUAGAGAGGUUGGGAUCAAGAGCAUUCAUGAAAGCAUACUUCCUGAUGAAGUAGAGCUUGUAAGGAGAGAUUACUUUGCAAACAAUGGCUGGGAGACGUUUCUGAGCUAUGAGGAUGUAAAGCAAGACAUCCUGAUAGGUCUUUUGAGAUUGCGCAAGUGUAGUGCUAAGACAUUCAGGCCGGAGCUGAAGGGAAAGUUAAAUCAUUGUGUUGAAAAUGGUAUACACCAUGAGUUUGUACAAAACAUAAAUGCAUCAAUGAUAAGAGAGCUUCAUGUUUAUGGAAGUGCAGUUGCUGUCAGCAAGGCAGAUGCAGAAAAAUUCCAGCAUCAAGGAUAUGGCUCCUUGCUUAUUGAGGAAGCAGAGAAAAUCGCACGAGAUGAGCAUAAAUCCACAAAAAUCGCAGUAAUCUCAGGCGUGGGAACAAGAAAAUACUAUGCAAGAUUCGGAUACACAUUAGAAGGCCCAUACAUGGUAAAGGCCUUUCCUUCAAAUCUCUAA